AUGACUGGGGAGCUACAGCCGGUCGUGGCAGUCCUGCGGGACGGCGAAGGUGGCCUGGAUACAAGGGCGCCGACUGAAGCUGGCUCGCUCGGCGAAGAAGCUCCCAAGAAAGAGACAGACGGCAUAGUCGACGUCCCAGACGCAGAGCAGCAGAAGCAGGAAGCUCCCCAGCAGGGCUUCAGUGCCUAUGUGGUGAGUAUCUCCGCUGCCAAUUGUGAUAUACAACUAUGCCAGCAGCAGCUAAAAAUCAUAUCUAGAAAUUAUGGGCUUGGUGCUUUGCCUCUUAUGACUAUCAUCUUUGGCAAGUUUGUCAAUAUCUUCAAUGACUUUGGCGUUGGCAAGAUCUCCGGAGACGACUUCAGGGCCCAGAUAUCAAAGAAUGCGCUCUGGUUUGUUUAUCUCUUCAUCGGAAAGUUUGCUUAUAUCCGCGCCAUUCUCCGCCAGGAGAUGGCCUACUUUGACACCUAUACGCCAGGCUCUGUUGCAACUCGUAUCUCGAAUAACGCAAACCUCAUCCAGACAGGCAUGUCUGAGAAAGUAGGCACCUGCUGCCAGGGUGUUGCCAUGCUGAUAGCCGCCUUUGUCGUUGCCUUUACCCAGAGCUGGAGGCUGACACUUCCCGUGGCUACCUCAAUACCCACUGCUGUCACGCUAGUUGGCAUUACUGUUGCCCUAGACGCUAAACUUGAAGCAAAAAUACUUGACAUUUACUCCAAGGCUGGAGGUCUCGUCGAAGAAACACUAGGCAGCAUCCGUGUUGUUGUUGCCUUUGGUGCCGGAGACCGUCUAAGCAAGAAGUAUGAUAAUCAUCUUGAGGCUGCCAAAGGGUUCGGUGUCAAGAAAGGGCCUGUUCUCGGCGUACAGUACAGCUCGGAAUUCUUCAUCAUGUACUGUGCCUAUGCCUUGGCCUUUUGGUACGGUAUCAAGCUUUUGCUUCAGGGAAAGAUCGGAAGUGGAGGAGAUAUUCUCACGGUCUUAUUCUCUAUUGUAAUCGGUACUUCAUCUCUCACCAUGAUUGCACCUACGCUAGGAGAGUUCACUAAGGCCGGUGCUGCUGCCAACGAUGUUCUCAACAUGAUUAACAGGGUGCCAGAAAUUGAUUCACUCAGCACCGAGGGCCUGAAGCCCAGCAGUGUCAAAGGUGACCUGGAACUCUCUAACGCAGUUUUCUCAUAUCCUGCCCGACCUACCAUUAGGGUCCUAGAUGGGGUCAAUUUGAAGAUACCCGCUCGUAAGGUCACUGCUCUUGUUGGGGCUAGCGGCAGUGGCAAGAGCACAAUUAUUGGACUCCUCGAGCGGUGGUAUGAUCCCGCCAGUGGUUCUAUCACUUUGGAUGGCGUAGACAUUAAGGAUCUGAACGUUGGGUGGCUUAGACGCCAGAUUGGACUGGUUCAGCAGGAACCAGUAUUAUUCAACGACACUAUCUACACUAAUGUGCUCUAUGGACUGCCACCUGAUGAAAUAGCCCGGAUGGAUGAGGAGAAGAGGAGAGAGCUCGUCAGACAAGCCUGCAUUGAGUCUAAUGCAGAUGACUUCAUCCAAGGAUUUCCCAAGGGUUACGAUACUGUUGUCGGCGAGAGAGGAAGUCUUCUCAGUGGUGGUCAACGACAGAGAGUCGCCAUUGCUCGUAGCAUUAUCUCCAACCCACCUAUCCUAUUGCUGGACGAGGCAACUUCCGCUCUGGAUCCUACUGCUGAAGCUAUUGUUCAAGCUGCUCUAGAUAGAGUUUCUCAGACCAGAACAACAGUGCUCAUCGCCCACAAGCUUUCGACUGUCAAGAAGGCGGAUAACAUCAUUGUCAUGAACAAAGGCCAAGUUAUCGAACAGGGGACUCACGAGUCGCUCCUAGAUACAAAGGGGCAGUACUGGAGUUUGGUGAAUGCUCAAAGCCUCUCUCUUGCGAGUGACGAUUCUUCUUCCGAUACCGAUAAGGAAACUGAUGCACAGCCAACCGAGAUUUUGGAGAAGCACGCAACUACCAAAUCAACUCACAGCAACGUCCCCCAUGAAGUUGCCGCCGAGUCGGAGGAUGUGGCUCGAAAAUUCUCACUAUUCAAAUGCCUUCUGAUUAUUUUCUAUGAACAACGACGCCAUUGGCUAUUCUUCCUCCUAGGAGGCCUUGCCUCCAUCGUCGGUGGUGGUGCAUUCCCAGCCCAAGCCAUUCUCUUUUCUAGAAUUGUGACUGCAUUCCAGCUACCGAGAGACCAGUGGCAGAAGGAAGGAAAUUUCUGGGCAUUGAUGUUCUUCGUCCUUGCACUCUGUAUUCUCCUGACGUAUGCGUCAAUCGGAUUCUUCUUGACAGUUGCCGCCUUCCGCUCGUCAAAGUUCUACCGCAGCGAGUACUUCAAGGCCAUGAUCUCGCAGGAUAUCGCAUACUUUGAUAAACCUGCUAAUUCCUCUGGCAGCCUUACUGCACGCCUAUCAACUGACCCUCAGAACCUGCAGGACCUUCUCUCGUCCAACAUUGGCCUCAUCCUAAUCGUUAUUGUCAGCCUUCUCGCUGUUUCCCUCCUAGCUCUUGUUACUGGCUGGAGAUUAGCGCUUGUCUCCCUAUUUGGGUGCCUCCCUCCUCUCUUCCUAGCUGGCUUCAUCCGCAUGAGGAUGGAGAUGCAGGCCCAGGAUAAGAACGCCAAACUAUACUUGGAAAGUGCGCGAUUUGCUUCUGAGGCCGUCAACUCCAUUCGUACUGUUUCAUCUUUGACAUUGGAGCCUACUGUAUACAACAACUACGGCGAUAGACUGAAAAAACCAGUGGCCAGGUCUCUAAAAUACACUACCAUUGCGAUGAUAUUCUUCGGCUUCUCGGAUAGUGUCGAUACCGCCGCUAUGGCGCUGGCAUUCUGGUAUGGUGGAAGAUUGAUGUCAUAUGGCGAAUACGAUGCCCAGCAGUUUUUCGUCAUUUUCAUCGCGGUGAUUUUUGGCGGACAGGCUGCCGGAUUCAUUUUUGGCUUCACAAUGAAUACUACCAAAGCUCAUGCUGCUGCAAAUCAUAUCAUACAUCUUCGAGGACAGGUCGCUCCGAUCAAUGGUUCAACUGGUGAAGAGCCCGCAUCUACAGAGGAUUCAGAUGUGGCUGUGGAGUUCAGAAACGUGUCAUUCAGCUAUCCCACUCGUCCUGACCAGCCUGUCCUUCGGAAAAUUAACCUAAAAAUCCGUCACGGCCAGAAUGUGGGUCUUGUAGGGCCCUCCGGAUGUGGGAAGACAACUAUGAUUGCUCUUCUCGAACGUUUCUACGACGUCACCUCUGGAGAUAUCCUGAUUAACGGAAAACCAUUGACUGAUAUUGAUGUGACCAAAUACCGUGAAACCGCCAGCCUGGUGUCCCAAGAGACCACGCUGUACCAAGGUACAAUUCGGGAAAACAUCCUUCUCGGUGUUACCCGAGAUGUCCCCGAUGAAGAAAUUCACCAAGCCUGCAAGGACGCAAAUAUCCAUGACUUCAUCAUUUCUCUUCCGGAAGGUUACAAUACCGAGGCCGGAUCCCGCGGCCUUUCGUUCAGUGGAGGCCAAAGGCAACGUCUCGCCACUGCAAGGGCCUUACUUCGAAACCCAGACUUUCUCUUCCUGGAUGAAGCCACAAGUGCCCUCGACACCGAAAGUGAACGUGUUGUUCAAGCUGCCCUGGAACACGCCAAGAGAGGCCGAACCACUAUUGCCGUUGCUCAUCGACUCAGCACCGUCCAAGAUUAUGAUGCAAUUUUCGUGCUCGAAGCUGGCAAGAUUGUGGAACAAGGUACCCACCAAGAGUUAUUGAGGCGGAAGGGCCGAUACUUUGAAAUGUGCAAGGCCCAGAGCCUCGACCGUGAAGCAUGA